CCCAUCUUCGAUCUUCCAUCCACUCCCUUUUUCCUGCUCCUUCUCUCUAACAGAUAGCCGGCACGUAGGCCUUAUGGAACUGGCAUACCACCGACUCGUGUUUUAUUUCCCACUCUUGGCAGGUCCGCUCGCCCGGGCAGUUCGCCGGCUAGUGCGUCGGCGCCGCCGUUCUUGCCAUGGCCUUCGAAGGGCUACGUCGCGCCAGCACAGAACUCGACUGCGUCCUCCUCCAAGCACACGUUUCGCGGUGCGAGCGAGAACGCGACGCUUUAAGGUUGAGGGCGUUGGAAGAGGAUGGUGGUGGAAGCAGAAGUGGCAGGAGUAACAGGAGUGGCAGGAGCCGUAGGAGUGUUCCCCGCGGUAACGGCGGCAACGGCGGUGACGAUGGCGGCCAUACAUCCUUCGCGGCCGGAUCGGCGGACAACGACGUGGAGUUGGAUUUUAUGGCGCUGAACCCGAGGCCUGGGGAUGGUGGUCGGAGGAUUGCUUUGGAUCUCGAACGCUGUUACGAGUAUCGCGGCUUCCCUCCCUAUCGUCCCAGCUUCAUCGUACAAUUGGGGAGAACCGUGCUGCACACGCUGCGGAUCAUAUCAGCGUACUUCUUGGUACUCUUGUCAAUGUACUACAACGGCUACAUCAUCCUCUGCAUAUUUGCCGGAGCCUUCCUCGGGCAUUUCAUGUUCCACUGGGAAAAGGUCAGCAGCGUGACCGAUCGAAACCCUGCAGAAGACGACCCCGACACAACGACGGACCGACGGCGGCAAGACCACGCCCCUAACCACGCGGUCCACGCCAAUAAGCAACGGGGAAGGGCGAAGAAGAGACGGAGGGGUUUCUAGAGGAAGUUCCCUCGAAAUCGCCGGGAAGACCUGGGGGAGAGGCCAGGAGGCACACCGAGAAGUACAGAAGAGGCGGCUCAGGAUAGACGACAAGAAUGAAACAACAGCGUCAAGACCAAGGUUAGACCAAUAGGUUUUCGGGUUCCAAU